AUUAGAUGCUCAACAACUAAAGCAAAUUCAAAAUGAAAUGUCUAAAAGUCAAGUUCCAUUAGACAUUGGUCAAAUUCCUAGAAAGGUAGAUUGUGAAGAGGGAUUUGCCAACUUUACUGCAGAUGAAUGA